AUGCGCAUGGCAAAUGCCCUCACCCGCAAGAUGGGAGCGGAGGUUCAUGCCCUCACCCGCAAGAUGGGAGCGGAGGCUCCUCGCCCCAGCGGCUCUUCUACCCUCGCCGGCACAUUGGCAGGUGCCCAGGCGUCGGCGGCCUCGGCGUCGACAGCGACGGCGACAGCAAAUGCGGUACCCACAGACUCCGCAGCGCACAACGCGGCAGCGGCGACGGGGGCUCUGGUGCUGGGCGCAGCCGCGCCCGAUACGGCGACAGUGGAGACGCCGGUGCCGGGUGCUGCUGCACCCGAUGCCGCGGCGACUGAAACGCCGGCUCUGGGCGCGGCGGCCCCCGGCGCUGCGGCGGCGGAGGCGCCAGUGCUGGGCGCAGCCGCAUCCGACGCCGCGGGGGCUGAAACGCCGGCUCUGGACGCGGCGGCCCCCGGCGCUGCGGCGGCGGAGGCGCCAGUGCUGGGCGCAGCCGCAUCCGACGCGGUGGUGGAGAUGCCGAAAGGCAUAAGAAAGAGCCCAAGCAAGUACCUUGAUCAAGGUUGCGUUUCGCAGUAA